CGUGACUUGCCGAAUGUCGUUGACAAAUUUUCGUAAUGGAUGGGCGCGACCAGGGGGAAAUCUACGGGAAAUUCUCGAACAUGCAACCGUAUUUCCUCUGUUCGAAAUCCCCCAUCUUUCCCUUCUCCAGUGCAAGCAUCAAACGCAACGCGUGCACCCAAACCGAUUCCCGAUCCGCCAAUCUGGAAGAACUGCUAUCGCCCGACGACGACGAGCUGAUUAUGACCGAGAAAAGCCGAAGUUUGUACCUUUUAGCCCUGCGCUACGUGAAUAAGUUCCAUCGAGUCAUCAACGAGGAGCUGAAGUUCGUUUACGGGAACCGCAAGGAAGCUUUUAUGUGCCCCAGCGUUCCGAAUUACUCGGCGUUGUUGUGCAACGAAUUGGCGAUCGAGCCUCGCCAGUGUAAAAACGAGGAUAUAAUCGACAGCGAUGGCGUGUACGUGCACUUAAAAAUCCAGGAAAAUUCGCAGUUGGUGAGAAGGAAUAGUUUUAACGUGGUAGCUAUAGAGCCUUGCGUGGAUAUUCUGGAGUACGCGAGGAGCAAAGAAAAACUGAAAAGCCCCUAUCCGCCUCAGAAACCGCCGCCGCCUCCUUUCGAAAUCCGACCGUACACUCCGCAGAAGAUUAAAAGCAUGUUCGACGCCAUAUCGCAGAAAUCCAAAGUCAGUUCCACCGUAGACGAUUCCGACGACAGCGUGAUUUUGGACGACGAGCAAUUCGAGCAGCACGUCCAAUACAAAAACCCGUCGGCCAUCGACGAUUUCUUCCACCGCAAAUCCAACCCGCUGCAACUGAACAGCAAAGACCUCACCAACCUCAACGAGCGUACCCUGCACACCAUCGGGCUGUUCAACAACAAGGGAGAGAUCAAGCCGGACGUCAUGGAUCUGCUGGAGAAGGAGAAAUCGUUCAAGGCGAAGGACGCGCGCAACAAGCAGUUCAGGAGCAAGAGGCAGUGGGACUUGCAGAUACAUUUGAACCCCAAAUCCGACUUGGAUCGGGACACGGUGUCUUCGACCAGCCAGAAGUCCUUCGUGAGCUAUUCGGACGUGAAAAUCCACAUGCAGAAUAUAGAUUAGUGUCGAUAUAAGUGGACAAUAAAUUUAUGUUUAGAGAAUUUAGC